UUUACUUUGUUUUGAGUUGGAAUCAUACUCGCCGUUAAAAUUUGCAUUUUGCAUAAAGUUUCACAAGAGUUCUCGUGUUGGUAUGGGGUUAAGUUUGUUAUUAUUAGGUGAAAAACAAUUCAUUUAAUAUUGGUAAAGCACUUUAAAUAAACAGCAUACUUUUUUAUCGCUAUGGAAGGAUCACAUAUUAACAACUUUGCAUUAUCAUUUAAAAACAAUCGGUUAAGUUACUGUGGUCAAGACUGUCAAAAAAUCCCACCAGCUCUAUGGAACAUGUAUGGCGCCAAAGUCAACUAUUUAGACUUAAGUUACAACAGUAUAGAAACAUUGAAGGGGCUAGAAAAAUUCACAAGAUUAGAAGAACUUAUUCUGGACAAUAACAAACUAGCCGAUACAGUUAACUUUCCCUUCCUGCCAUUCUUGAAGACACUGUCUUUGAACAAUAAUGAGAUAACCAAUCUAGAGGAUCUAGUCAGCAAGUUGUGUGAUGCAUUUCCGGAGCUGACAUACCUCAGUCUACUAAGCAAUAAAGCCUGCCCAAACCAGCUCUCGGAUCUAGAGAAAGAUGAGUCAGACUACCAAAGAUACAGAUAUUUCGUGAUAUACAAGUUGAAGAGCCUCCGGUUUCUGGAUUCGAGGCGUGUCACGGAUCGUGAGCGUAUGGAAGCGAGCGCGCGUGGAGAAUUCAUGCGCGUACGCCGACCUACGAGCGACGUCAUUCCAAACGAUCCCGGUUCGCCUGAGCUUCGCGCCCGUCCGCUGCCGUUAGACCUCAAUGCGCUUGGGAAACAUAAAGGUGCUUAUGGUAAAUGUCUCUACAAAUACACAGGAAAGCACUCAGAGGGGAACAGAUUCAUUUUGAACAGUGAUUUGUGACACACAGUUCUCUCUGUGCCAGGAUUAAUAAUUAAAAGUAGAACUUUUCUUUUCAUAUAAAUUGACCGUGUAAAGAGUCAGUUUUUAUGUGCAUGAUUUUUGUAAUAUUUUAUAUGGUUACUGCAUGUUAUAUCUAAGUAAAAAUCGUUUGUUUGUUUUGAUUAGCUUAAACAAUGGUAUUAUAUAGGAAAUUUGUUUCUUAAGCGUAAUUUCUUAUAAUAAAAUAAAUAUUUGGGAAGUUAAUGGCAGGGGAUGUGUAGAAAGAUAUACGUAAGUUGUUUUGGUGCUAAAAGUUCGAUAAAUAUUUAGAUAAAUUAAAAAAAAGACUGAAUUAUAUAAUACAAAUACGAAAAAAAAUGCUGCCGGAAUUAAAAAUCAAAAGGAGUUGUCACAAUAAUUAUAGUUAU